UUCCGGGCGGCGCUUCCGGAGCGGGCGGCGAUGGCGGCGGGCGGCGCGGACUCGCGCGCGGCGGAUGUGGAGGAGGACGCCUCGCAGCUCGUCUUCCCCAAAGAAUUUGAAACUGCAGAAACUCUUCUAAAUUCAGAAGUACAUAUGCUUCUUGAGCAUCGCAAGCAACAGAAUGAGAGUGCAGAAGAUGAGCAGGAGCUUUCUGAAGUCUUCAUGAAGACCUUGAACUACACAGCGCGUUUCAGCCGCUUCAAGAACCGUGAAACCAUUGCCAGUGUCCGUAGUUUGCUGCUUCAGAAAAAGCUCCAUAAAUUUGAAUUGGCAUGCUUGGCUAACUUGUGUCCUGAGACAGCUGAGGAGGCAAAAGCUUUGAUUCCUAGCCUGGAGGGACGAUUUGAAGAUGAGGAAUUACAGCAGAUUCUUGACGACAUUCAGACUAAACGCAGCUUCCAGUAUUAAGGUUAACCCGCAGCCCCUUUAUCUGAACAGAAAAACCUGAGAACUUGGACUGUUCCUCAGCCCUCUGGACCAGUCCAGCUCCUGGCUGAGGAAGGGAAGUUGUGCAUGCAAGGCGCUCCAGUGUUGCGUCAUCUACAGGUGCAGUCAGACUUGAGACCAGGGUACUCCUGUUGCUUUGUUCCACACCUAUGUUGGUAAGACAUCUGGAUUGUGAGAGCCAAAGGAAAAAAAAAAACAGCAAUGUUUUCCCAGUGGCUCAAGUAUUUAUUUCUUCCAAAUUCCUCUCCCUGAUUUGGGAAUUUUCAGUAUGAUUCUGUUUUUCAGCAGAAAUUUAGAUGUGACUUUUUUGGGGUUUUUUUGAGUGUGUGGAUUUCUAAAAGAGAUGGUGAAACUUGUUCCCAAAAGUUUAGUGAUGGGAUUUCUGUGGGGGUUUAUUGUUAUGUUUUUGUUUAUUGUUUGAUCAGGACUGUGGAUUUUUACAGCUUCAAUACUUUUCUAUUAUUGUUAGGUGUAAAUUAAAACAUUUCUAAUUAA